GCUGAAGGUGCCGCUUUCAGGAAACGUGUCCCGCGUGCCGCGCCGUCUGUUUCCAGGGCAACUAGGGCGCCUCUUAGCGUCGCGCGCGCCACCUGGGUGGUUCCCGGCGCCCCCGCCAUGGCGGCCGCGGGCCCCAGCGUCUUCCUGCUUAUGGUGAGCGGGCAGGUGGAGAGCGCCCAGUUUCCUGAGUACGACGAUCUCUACUGCAAGUACUGCUUUGUGUAUGGCCAUGACUGGGCCCCCACGGCGGGUCUGGAGGAAGGGAUCUCACAGAUCACGUCUAAGAGCCAAGAUGUACGGCAGAUGCUGGUGUGGAACUUCCCCAUCGACGUCACCUUUAAAAGCACCAACCCAUUUGGCUGGCCACAGAUUGUGCUCAGCGUCUACGGACCAGAUGUGUUCGGGAAUGACGUGGUCCGGGGCUAUGGGGCAGUGCACGUGCCCUUCUCACCUGGCAGGCAUAAGAGGACCAUCCCCAUGUUUGUCCCAGAGUCUACAUCUAAGCUGCAAAAGUUCACAAGUGACCCGCGUCCGCUCCCAGGGCUUUGUCACUCUUCUCUUCAAUGUGGUGACCAAGGACAUGAGGAAGCUGGGCUACGACACUGGGCCUCCGGAUAUGCAAGGUGUCUCGGGGCUCAGCCUGCCCCAGGGCCUCCCCCAGUGACCGUCUUGGGCCGAGCAGCAGCCAGGCCGAGUGGCUCCCACCGUGCCAGGCGUCGACCAUCCAUCUGCCUGACUCCAGUGCAGUUGGGCGGGUAUUUUUAUAAAAUAAAUUGUUGCUUUGUUAUGGAACCCAGGCCUGGGGCUGCAUCAUCUCCCCUUUAGCCCCUCCCCACGGCAGCAGGCCCCUCUGGCCUGUAGCCUUUCCCCGAGCCAGCCAGGGCCUGCCUGUGUCUCGCACUGCUGUCUCCCAGUCAUACCCGUGUGUCGCACCAGUCAAGCUCCACGACCCCCAACCUUCCUCGGUAUCAAGGGGAAUGUCCUGUUGGCAGGGGGUGGAUGGAGAGGUCCCCAACCAGCCCUCUGCCCGCCCCCGCCUCGGCUCCAAGGACGGGGCUGAACACCCACCCGCAGGCAAGUCUCAUGGCAGGAGAGGAAGGCGCUCCCGGUCACCAGGACCCCGGACUGAGCAGGGUUCUCAGCACACAGGCCCCACUGCACUGCCUCACCUGCCCACAGCCCAAGGCUGGGCCUUCUUACCUUCUCCCUGCACACGCCCUGGGCCUGGCAGAGACGGUGUCCCCCAGUGCCCACAGCUGCAAGUGCACCCUCUGGGGACGGGGUGCAGAGCUUGCCCAGGCUCCUCCCAGCCUGCGCACCACCAGGGCUUAGGGGAGCCACACAGCGCCUGCCCCAGGCUCCUCAGCCCCUGCCCUGCAGCCUGAGGACCCGCAGCCCCAGCACCACAUUGCCCUGCUGUAAUCUGAACGUGCUCUAGGAGACCGCAGGAGAGGCCCUGCUCUGCCCUUAGUUCUCUCAGCACCAGAAGUUUAACUGCUCAGGGACCUGUCCAUCUCCUGCCCCCAACUCACUGUGCCCCUGGAACUCAGUCAUCAGCAAAAUUCCUGUGAUUCCAACCUUUGCUGAUUGAGAAGCUCCCUCCACCUCUGGCCCUUAGGUCCCCACGUCAUGUACCAUGAACUUAGAAAUGGGGCCUGUGCCCUGGCGCCCCGUGAGCACUUCCUCCUUCCCCGUCACAGUGCCCGAUGCCCGGCCAUGGGGCCACACUUCUGUCCACCAGAGACACCACUGCCUUCUUUCCCUCCAGCUGGCUGUUCACAGCAGCGUCACUGACCACGUGGCGAUCCUUCCCACAGCUUGUCUUCUCAGCCUCUCCCUUGCGUGAGCUUGACCCGUGCCCCUCAGUACCCUCCAUGGCCAGAGCCUGCUUCUUGUGACCAAUGACUGCGUCUCUAAAGGGCGCAUCCAAGCGUCCUGCCCCCGACCAUUCCUACCCUGUGCAGAGC